UCCUGCAACAACAAACCAACACAACGAACUUUACCAUCAGGGAGGAACCGUCCGUGUACACGCUCCGCGCGUCUGCGGGCCUCCGCCACAGGCAGCUUCCCUCUCCGCAGUCUCACCGACCGACAGCGCUGGCGGCACAAACAUCACCUGACAGUCCCUGAACGCGGCGUCAAAUGUCCUCGGGGUCACGUGACGUGUUGUUGACGGUAGAAGACGGAGGAAGAUGGCGGCUCGCUGGAGCAGCGAGAAUGUGGUGGUGGAGUUUCGGGAUGCCCAGGCCACCGCCAUGUCCGUGGACUGCCUGGGCUCGCACGCCGUGCUGUCCGGGCGACGUUUCCUGUACAUGGUGAACCUGGAGGCUCCGUCUGAACCUCCUCGGAAAAUUGGCCGACAGAGCAAGUGGGAUGUGGGGACGGUCCAGUGGAACCCGCACAAAUCAGAGUCCCACGUCUUCGCCGCCUCGAGUAAUCAGCGUGUGGAUCUGUACUCGUGGAGGGAGGGCUGUGGAGAAGUUCACACCUCCCUGCAGGGACACACCCGGGUCAUCAGCGAUCUGGACUGGUCCUGGUUUGAACCGGAGUUCCUGGUCACCAGCUCAGUGGAUACCUACAUCUACAUCUGGGACACCAGAGACACUCGCAAACCCACGGUGGCUCUGUCGGCUGUCGCCGGGGCGUCCCAGGUGAAGUGGAACAGGAAGAACCAGUACCUGCUCGCGUCCAGUCAUGAUGGAGACGUACGGAUCUGGGAUAAAAGAAAGCCGAACACGGCGGCGGAGUACGUGGCGGCUCACCUGUCGAAGAUCCACGGCCUCGACUGGCAUCCAGACAACGAGUUCAUCCUCGCCACGUCGAGCCAGGACAACUCAGUGAGGUUCUGGGAUUACCGCCAGCCCAGAAAGUACCUGAACAUCCUGUCCUGUCAGGUGCCGGUGUGGAAGGCCAGGUACACGCCGUUCUCUAACGGUCUGGUCACAGUGAUGGUUCCUCAGCUGAGGAGAGAGAACAGUCUGCUGCUGUGGAGCACGCUGGAUCUCAACAGUCCCGUCCACGCCUUCGUCGGACACGACGACGUGGUGCUUGAGUUCCGGUGGAGGCCGCAGAAAGAAGGCUCCAAGGAUUACCAGCUGGUCACAUGGUCCAGAGAUCAGACCCUGAGGAUAUGGAGGGUGGAUCCUCAGCUGCAGAAGCUGUGUGUCAGUGACGUGGUGGAGGAGCUGAUGGAGGGGAUGUCUCUGACCGUGGAGUCAGAGAAGUCUUUGUCCUCUCAGGAGCCCGAGAGUCAACACGGCAUCGGUCCUGCCGCCGAACACCUGCAGGAUCAGGACGGCUCUCUGAGCUCUGGAGGACGCCAGGACUCGGUGGUGGGUUCAGGUCUCCCUCAGACCCUGCAGCAGGAGUUUUCUCUGGUCAACCUGCAGAUCAGAAACGUCAACGUGGAGAUGGACGCGGUGAACCGCAGCUGUGUGGUGUCGGCUCACUUCGGCAGCCAUCAGGUUCAUCUGGUGGUAAAGUUUCCCGCCCAGUAUCCCAACAACGCCGCACCGACCUUCCAGUUCGUCUCCCCAACCACCAUCUCCUCCGCCAUGAAGACCAAGAUCCAGAAGAUCCUGACAGACACGUCUCUCCAGAAGGUGAAGAGGAACCAGAACUGCCUGGAGCCGUGUGUCCGACAGCUGGUGUCCUGUCUGGAGUCUGACAUGACUCAGGAAGACGGUCCGGCGUCCGGUCCCUUCGUCCUCUCCAACCCUGUCACUCCGGCCCUGCAGGCGUUUCCUCGCGUCACCAACACCUACGGCUCCUAUCAGGACGCCAACAUCCCGUUCCCCCGGACCUCCGGCGCUCGUUUCUGUGGCACCGGCUGUCUGGUUUACUUCACCCGACCAAUCACCAUGCACCGCUCCGCCCCGCCCACCGAGCCCACUCCCAGGUCUCUGUCAGCUCUGUCGGCCUAUCACAGCGGAGUGUUGACGCCGAUGAAGAUGCGUUCAGAGUCUCAGAGCACUCUGCGGCUGUACAGCGGCAGCCCGACCCGCUCCGACAAAGACACCGUCUCCAUCUCCUCCUUUUACUAUAAAGAACGGAAGCUCCCAAUCUCUGCCUCCCGUCGCUGGUCUGUCCAAACUCUCCGUGACUGGCCGAAAUCCCGGCGGUUUAAGACGAAGCGCGAGGGGACAGACUACGGCAACCGUCCCAUCAAAUUGGCCGGGAAAGUCAUUAUCCAGGAGAUCUCCUGUCUGCUCCCCGUCCACAAAGCCCUCGGAGAGAGCUACAUUCUGAACGUGAACGACAUCCAGGACACAUGUCAGAGGAACGCCGCAGCAGCACUCACAGUCGGACGCAGAGACGUGGCGAAGGUGUGGGCUUUGGCGUCUGCAGCAACCAGUCAGGACCUGAGUCCAGAUUCAGACCCAGACACAGAGACGCCCUGGGCCAGACACCCGUUUGGACGCCACCUGCUGGAGACUCUUUUGGAUCACUACAGUCAGAUGAGUGACGUUCAGACUCUGGCCAUGCUGUGCAGUGUGUUCAGAUCUCAGGCUCCACCUCCAGACUGUUACUCUCUGUACGGACACCACCCAUCACGCUCCUCCAUGUUCCCCUCGCACCACUCACGAUACCCCAGCUACACCUCCAGCUCUGUCACCUCAGGCUCCUGCUCCAGCACCUCUGACUCCAUCACUACAACCAACUGGAACGCAGGCCGAGACCCUGAACACACCAACCCCUGGGGCGAAUCCUCUCCUGAAGACUAUCGAUAUGGAAACCAGGGUUACACGGAUCCCCGAGAACGAGAACGAGAGCAGCACGACAUGAACAAGAGACUGCUGGACCCCGCCAACACGCUGCAGUUCGAUGACUUUAAGAAGUGUUACGGCGAAAUCCUGUACCGCUGGGGUCUGAGAGAGAAAAGAGCCGACGUGCUCAAGUUCGCCUCCUGUCCUCCCGAACCUCACAAGGGCAUCGAGUUUGGCGUGUACUGCUGUCACUGUCGCAGUCAGGCUCGUGGGACUCAGUGUGCCGUCUGUAAACGUCUGACUUUCCAGUGUGCCAUCUGUCACGUGGCCGUACGAGGCUCAUCCAACUUCUGCCUGAGCUGUGGUCAUGGAGGACACACCACUCACAUGAUGGACUGGUUUCGCCGGCAGGACGAGUGUCCGGCCGGCUGCGGAUGCCACUGUCUGCUGCAGAGCACCUUCUGAUGCAACACAGACACUCUGCAGACAAAAAUCAACGCGCCUCCUGACAGGGGACGAGGCUGAACAGUCAGAUCUGAGGUACGUGUUCAGACGUCCUGAUCUGAGCGUCUGAUGCAAAGGAGGCUUUUUAAAGCGCCAGAUGCCCUGAUAUAGGCAGGACCUAAAGAUAGUGACAGCAGUCUGUCCAACACUGCUCCAGAGUGAAAUAUCUCCUCAACUACUGGAGAGACUGACAUGAAAUGUACUCCUGUUAUGCAUGGUUCCCAGAGGAUGGUUACUUAUGUCCUCCUAACUUUUCCUCUAGUGUCAUUAUGAAAGAAAAUUUACAGUUUCACACAAGGCAUAAAGUCUGACAGAGCCUGGCAGGCAUCAUAACAAACUACAGACAAGUUAAAGGAAGAACCUGAAAAACGAGCGGGGAAACAGGAGGACAGUGGCCCCAUCCAGAGGGCAGGAGGGGUCACUGAGUGGUUGGACGAGUGUGAAAAUGAUGUGAACCAUGUGCCGUGGCCUUCGCGGUCACCAGCUCUCGACCCAGUUGAACACCUGGGGGACAUUUUGGACCGACGUGUCAGACAGCGCUCUCCACCACCAUCAUCGAAGCACCAAAGGAGGGAACAUCCUCUGGAAGACUGGAGUUCAUCUGACCAAUGAUGAGGAGAACUUAAGCCGUUCUGGAGCCUGGUGGUGACUCAGCACUUUACUGAGACACUUUAUGUUGGGUUUUCCUUUAAUUUGUUGCGCGUCAGUAGAUCUAACAUGUUAAAUUAGAUGUCAAAGAUUACAACAUUGUUUAACAGGCAAAAUGUCAACUUUGUACAUUUAUCUCUGUCCAAAAUCCAAACAAAGUGCAUUUGAUUCAAGGGACUAAUUUAUCUCAGAUUGUUCAUAGUUCUGGGGGCGUUUGAUACCAAAACACAGCUUCUACCACUCUGGUGUUCCCCCACAACUGACUUUCAGUUCCUGCUGCUACUGGAAAUUGACACUGGGUUGAAACGUUAAGGCAAAAUAAACAGUUGUCAGAUCAUGAACCAAUUCGUCUAAAUGAGCCACUUGGAUUCAGUUGAGGUUGGUUUGGACUUUGGACGGAGAUAUGUGGACAUAUUAUGUAUUUUCAUCCCUUAAAUUGUCAACAAUAUUAUUUAAAAAUAUAGUCUGUGUGCGCACACAUUACUAAUCUGAGAGGACAAUUUAUCUCAUAACAUCAGUUUGGCUAAAAAUCACAAUCGAUCACUGAGAUGGAAAUUUGUUAUUUUUGGAAUAAGGCUUUUUUAUUUACCGUUGUUGCCACUGAAGAUCAUACAGUAUACGCCACAUCGUAUAUUACCUUCAGUGACAGUUACGUCAGGUGGUUUAAUCUGACAUUUGAAAUACCGAAGCCUGAAAACUGGAAUUAAUUUUCAUUGAAUGGAAAAAAACAAACGUUGGUUUUUGUGCUCGGAAACAACUUUGUUUUCUCCAUGACACCUACAAGACUUUGUAAAUUUCUGAUGCACAGAUUCUCAUUAAAUUUACCAAGCGCAUUCAUGCUCCCCAGAGGAUGAACUCUUUAAUGUUUCCUCUAAGGGCAUCCUCAGGACGGAACUCUCAGCACAUUUGCACUCAGAAUCUGUUGAGUCAGAUGAGCAGCUGUGUUUUCCAGCACUGAAAUGUCGUCCAGGCAGAAUGUGUGUCGUCAGCCACAUCACUGCACCCUGAGCGAGCUUGUUCACCGACCUGUCCCCUGCCAGUCACCUUAGGAGUCGGCAUCAACGUUGAGGUUUAGGUUACCACACGCUGUAAGACCUCCAUCACUGACGACUGCUAACUUAGCGUCUCUGCUCUUUUUUCCCUUAGACAUUGUCUACAGUAACAGUACAGCAGAACCAAAACUCUUUGGCCAAAUGGGGGAUUUUGCCCAGAUUAUAAUGCAGUAAUAUGAUGGUGAUGGUUGAGACAUUUACGUGCCUUACAUACUCACCACUGGUUACAGAUGUGAUCACAGGCCUGUUUUUAAAUGUUAAACACGUUAAUGUUACUAAAUCAGCAGAGAGAAAACUCUGAAUAUUCUCUCUCUGUGUAGAAAAUGAAAAACCGGUCAGUAGUUCACAACUGUACUUUAUGAAAAAAUAAUAAUAAAACAAGUGUGUUUGAAUUCA